GAGGAGGCAAGCAGCUAAAGGAAAAACCCAUCAUGCAUAGUCUCUCCGACAUUCAUGCGGGGUCCGAGCUUCUCUCCGCAGUUCGUAGACUAACUCUCCACCAUCCAUCUCUGUUCCCCACAAAAGUCGGAGCUCAUGACCAUAGCUAAGAAUCUUCCAUAGGAAAUGUCAAUGUCUAAUUAACUUCCCCUUCCCAGAUAUUUAAUUGUUAUUUCUCUUUCAAUUCUCGCACAACAACCCUAACCUUUCCUUUGCAUCCAUUCUUUUUACCAGCAACUUUGUCUUUACCAGAAUUGCUGCAUUAAACCGCCAGAAUGACGGCCAUAUCAAUUCCCCAUCUUCGCAAAACAAAGACCUCGAGCCAGCUCAUUGUCAAUGGCCAGCCAUACCUCAUGCUCAGCGCCGAGCUGCACAACUCCACAUUGUCGUCUGCAAAAUACAUGGCCGACGACAAAAUAUGGCAAAACCUCAAAGCCAUGCACAUCAACACUCUCCUCGGCUCCGUCUCGUGGGAGCAAAUCGAGCCCACGGAGGGUAACUUCGACUUCACAAACCUCGACUCCGUGAUCCUCGCUGCGCGAGAGCACGGCUUCAAGCUUGUGCUGCUGUGGUUCGGCAGCUUCAAGAAUGCGCUGAGCACUUAUGCGCCGGCAUGGGUGAAGAAGGAUGUCAAGCGAUUCCCUCGGGUUCACGCGCUCGAGGCUGGCGGCAAGAGGCGAACUCUAGAACUCAUCAGUCCGUUCUGCCAGGCGGGCUGGGAGGCCGACGCCAGGGCUUUCCGGAAGCUCCUGGAGCAUCUGAAGGAAUUUGAUGGCGUUGACAACACUGUCGUCAUGAUCCAAGUCGAGAACGAGACCGGCUUGCUCGGCGACUCGCGCGACCGAUCAAAGCUCGCAGAUAAGAAGUACGCAGAGCCAGUGCCAGAGGAACUGAUCAAACACCUCCAAGCGAACUACCAAGAAUUGCACCCAGACUUCCGCAAGCGAUUCACCAAGUUCGAUACCGCCAGUCACAGCGGGAAGACCUGGAAAGAGGUCUUCGGCCAGGAAGACGAGAUCCACGCAGAGGAGAUAUUCAUGGCACAUGCAUUCUCCUCCUACAUCUCACACGUCGCUGCAGCCGGAAAGGAGGCAUACCCCAUCCCUCUCUACACCAACGUCUGGCUCAACUUCGACGACCCCGCUGCGCUCGAUCUCGUCGAUCUCCCAGUUGUUGUAGGCGGUGGCGCAACUGCAGGUGUCUAUCCCUCCGGUGGACCCUGCCCGCACACAAUGGACAUCUGGAAAUACAACGCACAGAAACUUGACUUCAUCGCGCCAGAUCUAUACUUCCACGACUACGAGACCACGUGUCGAAACUACCGAUGGGGCAACCAGCCGUUGUUCAUCCCCGAGCAGAGACGAGACGAGAAGGGUGCAAGGAGGGUGUGGUUGGCAUACGGAACAUAUCUGUCGCUGGGUUGCUCGCCUUUCGGCAUUGAUUCGGAACUAGCAGAAAACUCUCCUGUCACAAAGCACUACGGACUCAUCCACUCGCUGAGGAAACAAAUCUUGGAGGCCCAGGCUGAAAGGCCAGAGGAUAUGAUGGGUUUCUUCUUCGAUGAGUGGACCGAGGGCCAGAAGGUUAAAGAGAAGCCAUGGACCAAGGUCAUGGGAGGCUUCGAGGUCAUAAUUGAGCGUGCGUUUGUCUUUGGCAAGCCCGGCCCCGGCGCUGGUAUCGUCAUCCACCAAGGUGACGGCAAGUUCCUGUGCGCUGGUUGGGGAUUCAACCUCUACUUCAAGAGCGUGAAUCCCAAGAGCACAUUUACUGGCAUUCUCCAUGCAGAGGAGAAGGAAGUCAACCCGGAGACAUGCCAGUUGUCGACGGUUAAGCUUCUCGGCGGCGACGAGACGAGGAGUGGCGAGUUCCUGAUCAUGCCGAACGAGGAUCCCGACUACGGCGGUUUCCCCAUCGCGGUCACCAUCCCCGCACGCACAUGUAUCGCCGAGUGCUGGGCAUACAGCCUCGAGGAGGAAGAAGAAGAUUUGUAGCCAACGUUCGUAGAAUACACUUUAAA